UGUCAAACGUCAAUGUACAAAAACUUUACAGGCAUUUAAAAAAAAUUCCAAUGGCGCAGUCGACGGUGUUCCGAAGGUUAUUCCAGACCACCGUUCAGGACUUCGCUAAAUGUGAAAGACCACAGGACCCCCCGCACAAGGGGGGCGGCUACAAAAUCUACAAAAAGUUGGUCUUCUUGGUAGGUUUACCGGCAGUUUUAAUGGCGGCGGCCUACACCUAUAUGUCGCACCAAAGGUGUCACCACGAGAGGCCGGAGUUCGUUAAGUACCCCUAUUUGAGGAUAAGGUCUAAGAGGUAUCCCUGGGGGGAUGGAAAUCGCACGUUUUUUCACAAUUGCGAGGUUAAUGCUUUGCCGGAUGGCUAUGAAGAUUGCGAAAAGUGUGAUGAUGAUGAAGCUGCACCUUCAGAAUAGUAAAUAUAAACAAUUUUGACAA